AUGGAAAAAAAAAUUAAAUCAACUUUAUUUAGUAAAAUUAUUUUCUUUAUCGUUUUAACUUGGAUAUGCCACCAUAAUGAUGACGUAAGUACGUUUAACAAAUUAUGGUAUAAUAACUACACAUAUGAUAAAAAAUUAUAUAGAGAAACCUAUAGGUUACUAUCAAUAUGUGAGAAGUAUAAUAAUUCUAGUAUUAGAAGUUUAAAAGAAACAAUGCCAAAUAAUGGAUUCAACAGUGAAAAUUAUAUAUUUAAUAAUGAAAAAGGAGACAUAAAAAAAAACAAAAGAUCAAAUGUAAGUUCAUCCAAAAAUGUUCAAGGAAAUAAAGAAGCUAUGAAAAAUAAAUCUUGUAUAUUCGAAACAAAAAGUUAUUCCCGUUUAGAAAAAAAUUUAUUCAAAGAACUGGAUUACGUGAAUUUUCUUAAGAAUAACAGAACAAUUAGUGACGAGUUGUACAAGAAAAUAUUAUGUAAAAUAUAUGGAUUACGACUUUCAUUGCCUUUAGUGUUUCUCUUGUUGUUAUCAAUAUUAUUCAUAUUAGAUUAUUCUUGUGGUUAUGGGCUUAUAAAUGGGUUGUUUGGGAUAAUGAAUCUCCGUUCAAAAGAGUGGUUGAAAGCUUUACAUAAUAGGUUGUUUGAAUCUCCUUUAAAGUGGAUGGGUGUAAUAUUAGAAAGUAAUAAUAAGGCCACUAUUGUCUCGUUUUUUUUUAGAACUCUAAUAUAUUACAUACCAUUAAUUAUAUUAGGUAUAACACUUAUAUUAAUGAUUUUUUAUUACCACAAAAAAGUUAUAAAAUAUCAGAAAAUUAAGUACAGAAAAAGGUAA